CUCGAUUGUGAGGUGUACGAGGAACUCCAAAUGCAACAUAUUUUCCUGUUCGAAGGCUAUAGCGUCAGUAUAAGCCAAAGGCAGUUUAAUGUAUUUUAUGCUCAGAUAUUUCCUUGACACACAGUUUGAAACUUGUUUCCUGAGGUGUAGCACAAUAGAAAGCUUUCCAGCUAUGUUUUGGGAAUAUUUCGACGCGGCUCGACGACUCGGAAAUUCAGCGGGCUCUACGAGCGAGUGAGAGACAUGGACAACUCUGUCACCCUGUGGCAGUUCCUUCUCCAGCUCCUUUUAGAUUCCAGUAAUGAGCAGCUGAUCUGUUGGACCAAUGAGGAAGGGGAGUUCAAACUGCUGCAGGCAGAGGAGGUGGCCCGGCUGUGGGGAGCCCGCAAGAACAAGCCCAACAUGAACUAUGACAAACUCAGCAGGGCUCUCAGAUACUACUACGACAAGAACAUCAUAAAGAAGGUGAAUGGUCAGAAGUUUGUCUAUCGCUUUGUGUCCUAUCCUGACAUCCUGAAAGGAGAUGUUGCUACCCGAACAGAGGGCGGGGAUGUGGGUGCUGGAGGCAUCCCUCCCCUAUUGAAGAGGGGAGACAGCACCCUACAGGAGGGUGAGGCUGGUGAACGCGCCAAGGUAGGAGGUAGUACAGCAGCUCUGGGCUCCAGCACCAAGCAGUCAAACCGUAACGACUACAUCCACUCGGGCCUGUACACCUCCUUUACCCUCAACUCGCUGCAAAAUGGACGCCAGCUCUUCAAGUCCAUCAAAAUCGAGAACCCAGCAGAGAAGAUGGCUGACAAGAGAGGUCUCACUGCCACAUCCCAGAGCCAGGAGCAGUUGCCUCAGCCACAACAGCCAACUGCUUUGCCAUCUGUCAUAAAGUUUGGAAACACCCCUCCAAAGCCAGCACCAGCACCGCCUCCUCCUCAGGUUGCCAUAGAGCCGACCCUGAUGUCCAACCACUUGGAUCCUCUGCAAGCCCCCCCCCCGCGGGCCGAAGACAUCAGCACACACUCCUCCUUGCCGUCCCAGUCCGUCUACUCAUUUGAACACAUCCGCCCAUCGGAACCAACGUUCAGCCUACCGGACCUGACCUCGGCCAGCCCGUCCCCAAGCCUAGUGCCUGACUCCUCCCAGGAGCUGGUGAUUGACAGCGACAUCGAGUCCGGAUCUUCUCAGCCCACAGAUGCUCUGGCACGGGAGAAGGUGGACAGUGGCAUUGGUUUGUCUGGAGAUGAGACCAGUUUGGUGGAUGCUGAAACCAGUUCAUCCUCAGUGAGCAGCAGCACCACAGUCAGCACUCAGAGCUCAGGAAAGACACGCAAGCCACCGAAAAUCCUGCAGAUCAGCCCGCCAACUCUGCUGGUCACCACCUCUGACUUCUCCCCCAUGAACCUCUGCAGCCCCUCUCUACCUACUGCCUCUCUCACACCAGCAAUGCUACAGACUCCCACUCUGUUGCUGACUCCCAGUCCUCUGCUGUCCAACAUCCACUUCUGGAGCACGCUCAGUCCGGUCGCUCCCCUCAGCCCAGCCACACGACGCCAGGGAGCCCACCUUUUCCAAUUUCCAUCGGUCCUCACCCCUCAGUUCCAGAUCCCUGUACACAGUAUGGAUGGGACCAACACGCCCGGUCCCAUUUCCCCAGACCCUCAGAAGACAUAGGAUGAACCCCCCACAGCAUCGCCGUAUUUGGACCCAAACAGCCAGACACCUUCCCCACUCCUGCUCCCACAUCCAGGACAAUUAUGUGGGAGCUCUGUCAUUGCCAUUCCUCAUCACGCCGGUGCUUUAACGUUCACUGCCGCAGGACUGACACUACAGACGGACGUGUAGAGGGAGGAUCUGGAGAGAUGCUGGCAGCCCAGGUUUGAUGGAUGAGGCUAACACCUUCAGUUUGUUGCAGAGCAUUUACACCCUGCGCAUGAUAUCCUGUACUCAUACACACUGAUGCCAUUGUUCCUUAUGCACUUAUGGAUUCGUUUUGUCUGGCUUUUUGGGACCCUCAGUCACAACAAUUCAAAGGAGGGAGGAAUUUCCAUGGCAACAGUUGGUGCAUGUGGAUUGGACCCUCAGCAGCGACAAUCUGCUUCAUAUUUGGACACACAGACCAGUGGGAUUGCAGAUAUCUGAAUCUUUCCUUUUAUAGAAUUUCCCUCUUAUCUUCUAGCAACAGUGUUACUGCCAAAAAAGACACAUUUUAUGUAAUCAGUUUCUAACCUGUUUUCUCCUCUGCUGACAAUGAUUCUGCUCCUUUUUGUGCUCUGUCCUUAACGUUUACUCUCGUUGAAGGGUAGUGCUUUAACUUGAUAAUGUGCAUGUUUUACCUGCAACUCUCUUCUCUUUUCCCCAGCUCUCAACCUCGCCUCGCCUGGCUGAGUGUGUACUGUGUGCUGCUCUGGAAUGGUGGCUGACUAUAGCCAUAUCCAACAGGACUUUUACCUUGACUGUCUUAUCGUGACAUGUGGCCAUAAUCCGAGCUGCACCUUGAAUCAUGUCUCUAUGUAACUGUUGUAAUGCAUAUAUACCGUAGAAUAGCCCCGAAAGCCAGUGUGGCCUGGUCUGCCUCCAGCCGGUAAGCUUUCAGGUGGGAAUGAAAGACAGUGAAGCCAUAACCCUUUCUGUGCAUCGACACUGCAAGCAACAACACACAAAUCCUGCAUUUGUUUCUGCAACUCUACAUUGUUAUAGGCAGCCAUCAUGUUGGAGACACUUCUUUCCAGUUUUUACCAGUUUUACUGUACAGUAAAUAUGUAGCCAGCAGCUGCUUAGCUUAGCAUAAAGACUGGAAACAGGGGGAAACAGCUAGCCUGGCUCUGACCAAAUGUUACAAAAUCUGCCUACCAGCACCUCUGAAGUUCACUAAUUAACAUGUUAUAUACCGUGUGUUUAAUCCGUACAAAAGCCAAAGUGUAAAAACAUCAAUUAACCGUUUUAUGUGCCAUACUUUUUCUUGGCUGGGAGCAGUGACUUCCUGGAGUCUCAGCCUGGCCAAGAAAUUGUUCCAGCACACCCGUACAACCUCGACCUGUUGUUUUUACGCUUGACGAGAUAUAGCAUGUUAAUUAGUGAGCUUUCGAGGCGUUUUUAGGUGAAUUUUGUUGCCUUUGGACAGAGCCAGGCUAGCUGUUUUCCACUGCUAAGCUAAGGUAACCGGCUUUACCAUACAGACGGGAGAGUGGUAUCGUUCUUCUCAUGUAACUUUUUGCAGGAAAGCAAAUAAGUGUAUUUCCUAAAAUGUUGAAUUAUUCCUUAAAGUACAAUUUGAACUAAAGCCAGACCUCAUGAAGUAAAAUCACACUAGCUCUUCAAACGCUGUUGACUGUCCACAGGUCAGCUCCGUUUUCUUUGUGGUUAAUGAAUGGGCUUUGACUGAUGUUGCUUGCAGCGUCCGUGCAGUUAUUUUAUCUCCGACUGAACCUCCAAAUCUUAGUGGCUAGACUCUUAGCAGUCUAGUCUUAAGCUUUGCCUAGCCUUAGCCAUCUGAAGUACAUCAACCUUUAAUCCUGAGGACUGUAGAAACCUUCUGGAACAUUGAAGCACCUUUCUUGCCCUAAAACCCCUCAACUCCUCUAGAUUAUCAGCCAUGAAAAGUUUACACCUGUUUAUGUAAAUGACUUUGAAGCCAUAAGUCUGACACAGACUCGAGAGGUAGAUCCCACUUUUCUGUGCUAUUACAUGUGGAAAUUGUACACUUGUUUACAUGAUACUUGGACAGAACACGCUUAAGUGUUUCUUAACUAAGUGUCCCUUUCUAACCCAGGGAUAUGACCAGCGAAUCUUGUAGGGGGAAACUCAUGCUCAUUUCUACUCAACUAACAGACAUUUGCAGUCCGCCACAUUGAUAUACGGUGCCUUACCACAGCCAAUCCCAAGUUUAUCUCCCAAAAGUGAAUGGAGUUCAUUUAAUGCUAACAUCAUAGAACUAACAGUAUACGACAGCGUUCCUGUUUGUUUUUAUGCCAUAUCUUUGUGCAGACCAAACCAGAGCUCCAGAAGUUUGGAGUAAAACCUCCCAGGGGAUGUUUGGUGUGCGAGUGCACUGCAGCUCAUGUGGUCUGCCACAGCUGAUGUGCUGCAGGACUGUUCUUUGGGAUGCAUGUCUGUACAUACAGACGGCAACAUGGGUUAAUAUGCAGAACAUGUAAAUCUAAUCAGGCCAUGUUUUGGAGUCGGCAGCCAUAUCUCUUUCCAACCUGCUUAUAAAUGUUUGUGAUAACAAGUUAACUCAGAAAGUAGAUAUAUAUAUAUAUAUAUAUAUUAAAAAACAGUUUAUUAUGUUUUGUGUAAUCUCCUUUAAUUUUCCUGUAACACAAAUAGAAUUUUAUGAUUCAUUUCUAUUUUUGUAACGGCCAGAUAGUUCGACCUCUGCUAUUGUGGGUUUUCUGAUUUAAUGUUCUCUUUGUGCAUGUGUUUCUUUAUGUUGUUUUCCUCUUGUGGAUUUGGCAGGCGGCUGCUCCAGGGUGGCAUUGGCUAUUUUGGGGGGGUCAAAGCCUUAUGGGAAGAAAUCUAAGUCUAUGUUUUAUACGUAAGUGUUUUGAUAUAGUGUUGAUAUUGUACAUGCAGAUGUUGUGAUGGAACGUUUGCACUUAAAUUUUCGGGGUUCCUGUAGUAUUGGAUUCUGUCGCUUUUCUAUGACUCAAAUUUCUUCUUUGAUGAAAUGUUGACAUUUGCUUACUCAGAAAUGUAUAUUUUCCCAAAGGGAGGAUGAAAUUAUGCACUUCGUAUUUUAUACGGUAAAUCUAAUCUUUUACAAUAUAUAUCAAAUGAUAUACAGUACAAUGAUUUGUGAUUAGGCACUACCACACAAUAUUUAUUUAUUUGAAUUUAUAGUAGAGCCCAAUAGAAUUGGUAACUUAUAUUGCAUUUUUGCAGCAACUUUGAUGAAAAACUGUUAAAUAGCUGGAUAAUAACCCCAAAGCCCAUCUGAAAAUUUCCUCCAUCAAGUCUUCUAGGACUUGUCGUUUGCAUAUUUCUUAAUUUCUAUCUUCUGAUGAUGUUUUUCCUUCAUCUUGAAAUGUAAAAUCAUUUUAAAAAGAAAUGACACAGUUCAUGCUUUGUUCUGUCCAGUUUUCUAUUUGUUUGAUGCUUUUUCAAAUGUUUACAAGCUACUUGUCUUAAGUGGCGUAUUGAUGUGUGAGAGGCGUAGAGGAAGUGUUUAUAAUGAAAGAGAUAGGCGAGACCAAUAAUAAAAGCUCUCUAACGAA